UGCACUGUUUUUUCUUUUUUUCAGCUGCUCGAUAUUAGAGUAGCAUAUUCCGGGGGGCUUCGCCGUCUGUGGCAGUUUUUAAGGCCCUGCUAGGCUGACGAUUCGGCAACAGACACGCAACAAAAAUUAAUAUUAUAUAUAAAUAAAUAAAAACAAGCGACGCGAAAUCAAGCUUUCGACUCGCAUCGAGUUUGUUUUGGAUGAUUUCACUCCACCGCACGUCCGCCUCGGGUCUAGAUUUACAGACCCGCUACUGCUAACGUGCGUAAUGUAUCGUAGAGAGGAAACACAGUAAAUAGACGGAGACGUCCAUCUGCAAUAAAGAGGGAACGAAGAUGGUGAUGAUGGCUUCACCAAAUUUAGCCUCCAAAUGCUCGACAGCAAUGGCGAAGCCUUCCCUCUCCCUGAAGCUGUUUCUCUGGGUGUUUAUUGUCGUUAAUCUCCCUACAAGCUCCUUCCAGACUGAUGACGAUGAUGAGGUGGCUAACAAGACGUGGGUGCUGACUCCCAAAGUGCACGAGAGUGACGUCACACACAUCCUAAACAGCCUACUAGACGGAUAUGACAACAAACUAAGGCCUGACAUCGGAGUCAAACCAACAGUGAUCCACACAGACAUGUUUGUCAACAGCAUUGGUCCAGUAAAUGCCAUCAAUAUGGAAUACACAAUCGACAUCUUUUUUGCUCAGACCUGGUACGACAGGAGGUUAAAAUUCAACAGUACGAUGAAGGUUCUGCGUCUCAACAGCAACAUGGUUGGGAAGAUCUGGAUCCCGGACACUUUUUUCCGCAACUCAAAGAAGGCCGACGCCCACUGGAUCACCACACCUAAUCGCAUGCUUCGAAUUUGGAAUGAUGGUCGAAUACUCUACACCCUCAGGUUGACCAUCGAUGCAGAGUGCCAGCUUAAACUGAACAACUUCCCAAUGGAUGAGCACUCAUGUCCCCUGGAGUUUUCAAGCUAUGGCUACCCCAGGGAGGAGAUUGUGUACAAGUGGAAAAGGAGCUCAGUGGAGGUUGGCGACAUUCGCUCGUGGAGGCUCUACCAGUUCUCCUUCGUGGGCCUGAGGAACACCACUGAGGUUGUCAGGACUGUCUCAGGAGACUAUGUGGUGCUGACCGUCUUCUUUGACCUGAGCAGGAGAAUGGGCUACUUCACCAUUCAGACCUACAUCCCAUGCACCCUGAUUGUUGUCCUCUCCUGGGUCUCAUUCUGGAUCAACAAGGAUGCAGUACCUGCCAGGACAUCAUUAGGCAUCACCACUGUGCUGACCAUGACCACGCUGAGUACUAUUGCCAGGAAAUCCCUUCCAAAAGUUUCCUAUGUGACCGCCAUGGACCUGUUUGUGUCUGUCUGCUUUAUCUUCGUCUUUGCCGCACUCAUAGAGUAUGGCACGCUGCACUACUUUGUCAGCAACAGGAAGCCUAGCGCCAAAAAGGACAAGAAGAAGAAAAACCCGCAGACACCCACGGUAGACAUCCGUCCACGCUCGGCCACAGCCAUUCAGAUGAACAACGCCACGCACAUGCAGGAGCGAGACGAAGAGUACGGCUAUGAGUGUCUGGAUGGGAAGGACUGCACCAGCUUCUUCUGCUGUUUCGAAGACUGCCACUCCGGUGCCUGGCGGCACGGCAGGUUGCACAUUCGCGUCGCCAAGAUAGACUCGUAUGCACGCAUCUUCUUCCCCACUGCAUUUGGUCUAUUCAACCUGGUCUACUGGGUCUCCUAUCUCUAUCUCUAGGCCUGGGUGUGUACCCAGCCUUAUCAUACAGUUCAUUACAUUCUACAUAUGCUCUGUGCCAGCAAGGGACAUUUUAAAAAGGAGGCGACCCACUGAAAUACCCCACUGAUUUGAUUUAAUGCAUUUCCUUUAAUUCCUUAUUUUUAAUCUCUUUGAAUUUGAGUGAAUUUAUUUGAUAACUUUGACAGACAUUGCAAAUGUUGUAGCAUUACAUUGAACUGGUAUGAGGAAGUUUGUAGAUGUGUUGUGAAAACAUUGAUUGUGUGAGCAAUUAAGAAGAAUCCAAGUUUUGUUUUCAUGAUUCGACUUUUUAUUUGGAAUUUCUUCUUCAUGUCUUCUUAAUGGAAUUUUUUAUUUAAUUGCUGUAUUUUCAGACUAAUGCAUUAAUUGCGUAGAAGCAAUUAACAAUUUAAAUAAAGAGCAAUUCAGAUCACAGCAAACACCUAUCAGAGAAAUCUAAAUAACAUUACAGUAUGUCUUAUCUUUUAAUUUAAUUUUACACUUAACAUUCUAAAACACACAAUCUAAAGCACAUUAAUAGAACUAUGUUAGACAGUGAUGCUAAUUUAUUUUUAAUUUAUUUAGCCUUAGUGUUGGCACAAUUAAACAUUGCAUUUUUCAUGUGUGGUCAGAGAGAG